AUGUAUCCGCGUGAUGUUGUCAGCUUCUCGGAAAGAUCCCGAGUUUAUCCGGUCGAAUAUUCGUUGCCACCGCAGAAGCAGCAACGACGGAGUUGCGGGGAAUUCUUCAAAAAAUACUUCCUUCAAGGUAGGUCAUGUUGAACUUGGGUUUGAUAUCAGCUUGAAAAAGAAGGAAUCUGGAACGUUUUUAUUUUUGUCAUCCGUGAUCUUCCUGGGCAUGCCCAAACCUUACGAUACUUAAUUUCAGGACAAGAAUUAGAUCCAGAUCUUCAAAAGAAGAUAGUCGAAGUCGGCGGAAUCCAGAACCUCCCAUUCUACGAAAGAUACCGUAAAUAUCUGGCGCUAUUAUACCCGUUUAUGUUCUUCCAAGUAUGUUGGUGGUCCUUGGCGAUCAAACAUGACAUCUUUUCCCUUUAUCCAACAAGAUACGAGAUGGCAUUGACGAUGAUUGUGGGUUCCUUUGCUUCGGGUAAGAGCUUUCCUAUUAGUAAUACGGGUUGAUAAGUAAUCUAGAUGUAAGUAUUGAUUUCAGGAGCCACAUCUGAAGGCGGCGGAGCAAUCGCUUUUCCGGUCAUGACCUUACUUCUCCACCUUGAUCCUACAGUAGCCAGGGACUUUUCUUUAAUGAUUCAAAGUUGUGGAAUGACAGCAUCAGCUUUUACGAUUAUGUUUAUGCAAGUAAAGGUGGAAUGGCAUUCUCUGAUCUACACGAGUAUGGGUUCUUUCAUCUCCAUUAUCCUCACUUUACAAUAUCUGGAUGAUCUCAUUGAUGGUAAUAACCCCUCUUCGUUCAAGACAUAUUUUUCUUCCAGAAGCGCAGAAGAAGAUGACAUUUGUUGCUGUUUGGUUUGCUUUUGCGAUCUCUUUGUUUAUCUUGAACACUCAAAAGAAACGUCAAACAUACGAUACAAUAGUUGAUUUUGGAUUUUGGAAUGGAGUAAUCCUCUUCAUAACUGGUCUCUUUGGCGGCUCUCUGAGCGCAUGGACUGGCUCUGGAGUCGACAUUUGUUCGUUCUCAAUGCUGACUCUGUUUUUCCGGGUCAGCGAGAAGGUGGCUACUCCAACAUCAGUAGUGUUGAUGUGUGUAAACACACUGACCGGCUUCUAUUGGCGUCAUCUAAUUCAAGAUGAGAUCUCUGAUCUGGCAUGGGAAUACUUUGCAGUCUCCGUUCCGGUGGCUGUAACCACUUCCCCAUUGGGCGCUCUGUUGUCGUCCCAUCUCCAUCGGCAAGUGUUGGCGUUCUUCAUCUAUAUUCUGGAGACCUUGUCCGUGAUCGGAUGGCUUAUCACUCGUCCAAGUGUGAUGUUGAUUGGCGUGGGAUCAUUCAUUGUUGUGUUUGCGUAAGAUUCCUGUCAGUUGUGACAAUCUAAGCUUCUUUUAGGGUUAUUUUUUUCACUUUGAUCAGCAAAUCAGGUCAACAUCGAGCCAACGAGAUCGUAAAAAGCAAAAGUAAUGAAUCAUUACCCAAUUACUAUGUGUAA